AUGGGGAAGUUAAACAUUUUUGAGAUCUCAUUUUCAAACAUCAGUGGUGUAUUUUAUGCUGGUAACAUCCUGCAAGGACAUGUUACUGUUGAACUAAAUGAGCCAAUGAAAAUGAGAGGAAUAACUUUGAGAUUUGAAGGAAAAGCCUAUGUGCAUUGGACUGAACAACACUCAACUGGUUCAGGAAAAAACAGACGGACAGUAACUCGGCACUACUCUGCAAGUGAAGUUUACUUCAAUCAAGACAGUUUACUGUUUGGCAUUUUUUCAAACCAAGGCAGCAAUACUACUGAAUUAGCACCAGGACGACAUGUGUUUCCAUUUCAAUUCCUUAUUCCACAAGGACUACCUUCAUCAUUUGAGGGUUUGUUUGGUCAUGUCAGAUAUACUGUUAAGUGCAUAAUAGAUAAACCCUGGAAGUUUGAUCAUUCUACAAAGCGGCCUUUCACCAUUAUCAGCAUAUUGGAUUUAAACCAGCAGCCAAACUGCUUGCAAGGAGUUCAGGGAUCAAACCAAAAAACGCUCUGCUGCUGGUGCUGUAAAUCAGGACCGAUCCAAGCCACAUUUCAUAUUGAUAGAACUGGAUAUGUGCCAGGGGAAGCAAUCAGACUGUUUGCUGAAAUAAAUAAUGGCUCAAAUAGAAAAAUGGACAAGUCUUAUGUAGACCUAAAAAUGAUAACGAUGUACCAUGCAACCACAAAGUCAAGAAUGCAGACUAGAGAAGUGGCUCGUGUUACCAGACCGGCCAUUGAAGCUUAUGGACAAGAUCAGUGGAAUGGAGAACAGCUUGUGAUUCCUCCCUUGCCACCUUCAUUCUUAGCUGGAUGUAGAAUAAUUGAUGUCAGAUAUGUUUUGCAGCUCAAUGUAGACCCAUCUGGACCUUCAUUUGACUUGGAAGUUCCCCUGGAGAUUCUCAUUGGCACAAUUCCUUUAAUGUCAGUGGUGCAGCAGUUUCGCCCCAUGUCACCAUUGCCUCCACCAGGCUACAGUCCGUCUGCACCGCCAGCUGAGGGUGCAUUUCCUGAUGCUCCACCCACUGGCAUACCAAACAUGCCACCUCCAUCUUACAGUGAGUGUAUCACUGGCAGAGUCAACAUACGUGAGGCAGGAGAUAAUGAGCAUACUGGAGGAAAUUUGGACUAUGCACCUGUCUACACAUACUACAACUGGGGAAACACACCGGGUGCUUUACCUGUGCAGUCAGGAAAGCAAUAG